AUGGAUGCACACAUAUAUAUAUAUAUAUAUGGUCAUGAGGGUAUAAUAAACUCUGAUGACUACCAAGGAGGAUUUCAGCUCACUGAAGUGGAGAACAUUCUCGGAAAAAUCAAGACAAAUUUUCAAGCAUGGGCUGAAGAAUUCACCCCCAUAGCCUUGGGCAUAAACGACCACAUUCCCUUGCAGAAGCUCAUAGACUCCUUCAAACGCAUGAAUCAAAAGGCAGCUCUUCCUCUAGCCAAGAUGAUAUUCCUCGGCGAUCAAAGGCAUGUCCUCGAGCAUGUUAAAGUUCCUUGCACCAUAAUUCAAGGAACUAAAGAUAAGGUCGUGCCAAUUGCUGUUGGGGAUUAUAUGAAGAGCAAAUUGAAGGGGGGGACAUCUUUGGAGUAUAUUGAGAAUCAAGCCCAUUUUCCACAGAUCACUUCACCGGAGAAGUUCAUUGAAAUCAUUGAGAAAGUUUUAGAUAAGUAAAUCAUGAAAGAAGACUUGGUGGGCUCAUGGCUCAAGAAGAUAUAUUUGUUUGCUUGGUGUAGUGGGGUUCUUUGGUAAUUUUAAUCGUGAAUAAUUUGUUUUGUAAAGAAGCAUGUUAUGUGCUGUUUUCAAGCUAUAAUAGCUGUUUGUUAUUUUUCAGAAUUUCUUUAUGGUGAAUAUAACAUAGGAUCUAU